AUGCUCAAGUGCAUCGGUUCCUUCCCACUACGUAUUGCUCAGCGCGCUGCAUCGUCUACAGGGCUCAUGUACAAGCAACAUGGCGAGCCAAGGGAUGUUCUCUCUCUGACCGAACGUGAGUUGGGCUCGUUAAAAGAAGAUGAGGUUCUGAUAAAAAUGUGCGCCGCGCCAAUCAAUCCGUCCGACAUCAACACUAUCCAAGGGGUUUAUCCAGUUAAGCCAUCCCUUCCUGCUGUUGCAGGAAAUGAAGGCGUCGGUCGAGUUAUGUCAUGCGGCUCGAAGGUAGAUUCGUUAAAAGUGGGUGACUUAGUAAUCCCAGCCGCUCUGUCCUCCGGUAUGUGGCAAACCCAGUUUCAUGCGAAACCGCAAAACUUGAUUCGUGUUGCACAUCCUCUACCGGUGGAACAAGCUGCAAUUCUUUAUGUAAACCCGGGCACGGCUUACCGAAUGCUGAGUGAUUUUUGCGAGUUAAAAUCCGGUGAUAUUGUUCUUCAAAAUGGCUCCAACAGUGCGGUGGGAAUCUACGUGAUUCAGAUUGCAAAAUUACUUGGAUUACGAACAGUGAAUCUAUUCCGUGCCCGUACCACAAAACAGGCGACUGAGGAAAUGCGUUCUACCCUGUUCAGCUACGGGGCCACUUGGGCUCUAACUGAAGAGGAGUUGAUUGACAGCAAUAAUUCAAUAUCCAAAGAUAUUCGCCAAGCCGGUCCCAUUAAGUUGGCGUUGAAUUGUCUUGGUGGGAAACCAGCUGUUACACAGCUGAAAUUUCUAAGUGAGGCAGGAACCUUGGUCUCCUACGGAGCUAUGACGCGAAGCCCUAUUCCGUUACCGGCUGGACCACUACUGUUCCGUGAUAUCCGUUUGCGAGGAUUUUGGCUAACUCGGUGGACUAAUCAAGAACCAAGAGCUAAGCUAACUGCAAUGAUCGAUCAAUUGGCUGAAUGGUUUUCACACGGUAAACUCCGGACAUCACCAUUCGUCAGCUUUCCGCUUGAGGAAUGGAAAGAAGCGGUUGAACUAUCUUCAUUUACUGAUCAAAUGCCCAGUGCAAUCAAGCAGAAGGUCAUGUUUUCUAUGGAGUAA